ACUUACGAUUCAUACCGAACGUACCAAACAGUAAAGAUUGUUUGUCCGGUUUACCCACUUUUCGAAAUUUGUGUUUGGCAUCAUUUGUAGGUAGAAAUAAAACAAAUAAACUACCGCUUCGUUAGGCACUGAUUAUAAACAAUUUCGGUCAAGUUUAUCCGGUUUAUCCUCUCAGCUCAGAUGCCAUUCCUCAUCGAGUCUCCAAAAGUUCUAUUUGUGAUUCUUUCGUGCAUAAUUUUGGUAUUACACUGUCAGUACGCUAAUCAGCAAAUAUUGUGAAGUAUAUGAAAAUGAAAAUUGCUGUAGAAGGAUGUGCUCACGGAGAGUUGGAAAAGAUCUACGAUCUAGUUGAAUCUAUUCAACUCCGGGAAAAAAUUAAAAUUGAUUUGUUAAUCUGCUGCGGAGAUUUCCAAUCCACGAGAAAUUUAGAGGAUCUGCAAUGCAUGGCUGUGCCUAAGAAGCAUUUGGACAUCUGUACAUUCUACAAAUACUACAGCGGAGAAAAAAUUGCACCUGUGUUGACUAUUUUUAUUGGAGGGAAUCACGAAGCGUCCAAUUAUCUUCAGGAAUUGCCGUAUGGCGGCUGGGUGGCACCGAAUAUUUAUUACCUUGGAUAUGCUGGAGUAAUAAAUAUAAAUGGAAUACGGAUAGGAGGAAUUUCAGGUAUUUACAAAGGCCAUGAUUAUCUCAAGGGUAGGUUUGAGUUCUGUCCAUUUAACGAAUCAACCAAGCGCAGUGUUUAUCAUAUACGUCAGAUCGACGUAUUCCGCUUAAAGCAAUUGACACCAAAAGUAGACAUUUUGUUAUCACACGAUUGGCCGCGCGGAGUAACCAACUUCGGUAAUAAGAAGCAGUUGGUUCGAUUCAAACCUGCUUUCAAAGAAGAGAUAGAUGAAAAUAAAUUAGGGAGUCUACCAUGUGAAGAUUUAUUGAUGACACUGAAACCACCAUACUGGUUUUCGGCCCAUCUUCAUUGCAAAUUUUCGGCGCUUAUUCCACAUGAAGAUGGUAGAAGUACAAAGUUUCUAGCAUUGGAUAAAUGUCUACCUAAAAGAAGAUUUCUACAGGUACUAGAUAUAGAAUGUAGAGACGAAGAAUCGGUAAAAUCCAAUUACGAGUUGUGCUAUGAUUUAGAAUGGCUAACUAUUUUGUAUCUAACAAAUCAUCUAAUUAGUAUAAGGGGAAGUAACGGUUAUAUGCCAGGAGAUGGUGGCUGUGAACGUUUCAACUUCACGCCUACAGAAGAAGAGAAAGAAUCUUUAUUGAAGAGGUUUCAAAAUAAUCUUCGUAUUCCGUUAAAUUUUGUUAGAAUCGUCGAGCCGUACAAUCCCACGAGUGGAAUCGACUUUGAUUUAGUACAACAACCAAAAGCGUUUAUCAAUCCUCAAACAACAGAAUUUUGCGAUCGACUUAAUAUAGAUGACCCUCUUAGACUGGCCAUGUUAAUGACUGGUCAAGAUCUUAACACGUCCAACUAUGUCGAUCAGUUCACAUCAAAUGACUCGAUUAGCUCCGAACGAAAUGAUAACGCACUACUUGAUGACAAUAAUUCCUCGAACGACGACGAACAAGAAACGCUUGAGGCUCCUUUUCAAAAUCGUGCUCCACUGGCCUCGGUGUUACCUAAACCUAAAUGGAGACACGAUUCUACUACCACUGAUGACGCAUCGACUUUAGACGACUCUUCGUUAUCGACUUCCAACCGCAGCAUUUUCAGUUUACCAACUCCGAACAAGCAACAGAACUCGAAUAUGUCGGAUAGUUUUGCCAUUGAUGAACUGAAUCUUUCCAGUCCAAAAGUGUUACCCACAAUACCAGGCGGGGAAGAUGUUUUAAAAGUUGAGACAGGCGGCUGCGGUAAAGACAAACAGCCGGAAGUGUUAGAAACUGAUGAUAAGCCACCGAUAAAAAAAUUCAAGCGUAGGAAUCAAGCAAUCUACGCUAAAGAGGAUAGUGAUUGAAGCUACCAAAAAAAUCCCCAAUGUUCUUGAAUGAACUGUUUUAACCCAGGUUUUUUUUCUAAUUCUUCUCAUGAAAUGCAAUAUUUGGUGUAUUAUGGUUACAAUAAUGUUGUAGCUAAACGAGCGUUGCGCAAAUGUGUGAAAUUGUGUUUAUUAUAAUGAUUUGCGUACUAACAAUUGAAAAAUGUAGAAUAUUUUUAAAAAUUUAGAAAAAUCGAACUAAUUUGUGUA